AUGUGAUCAGCUGUGUCCAAUCACAGCCCCAGCAGUGCCACCUGUCAGUGUCCAUCAGUGCCAGCUCUCAGUGCUCAUCCAUGCCACCCGCCAGUGCUAAUCAGUGCCAUAUUUUAGUGCCCAUCAAUGCCACAUAUCAGUGCCCACCUGAGCUGCCUUUCAGUGCCACCCAUCAGUGCCAGUCAGUGCCACCUAUCAAUGCCAGUCAGUGCUGCCAAUCAGUGCCACUUAUCAGUGCCAGUCAGUGCCGCCUAUCAGCACCAGUCAGUGCCGCCUAUCAGUGUGCAUUGGUGCCGCCUAUCAGUGCCCAUCAGUGCUGCCUAUCAGUGCCACCUGACAGUGCCAGUCAGUGUUGCCUAUCAGUGCCAGUCAGUGCUGCCUAUCAGUGCCAUAUAUGAGUGCUGCCUCUCAGUGCCCAUCAGCGAUGCCUGUCAAUGCCCAUCAGUGCCUCCUCAUCAGUGCCACCUAUCAGUGCCCAUCACUGCAGCCUCAUUAGCGCACAUCAGUGAAGGAGGAAAAUCACUUAUUUACAAAAUUUUAUAACAAAAACUAAAAAAAACCUUUUUUUUUUUUUCCAAAUUUUCAGUGGUUUUUGGUUUGUUUAAGAAAAAAUA